AUGAAGAUGCAGGAAAGUGCCUACGGUGACGAAUUUAGUAAACUGACUUCAAAUAAGAAGAUAGCAACAUCAAGCUCGCUGGUAAACUGUGUCCAGUGCUUAAUGAGGGUCUGUUACGAGUUGGCGGGCGACACUGAAUUUUCCGAGGAUAGCAAACAUCCGAUCAUUUUACCAAGCAAACACCACGUGACAGAACUUAUAGUACGGAAAUAUCACGAGGUUAAUCAUCACAUGGGAGCUCAUCAUGUAUUAUCGUUGACUCGACAGUCGUAUUGGAUAAUUCACGGAAUAAGGACAGUGAAACAUGUAGUCAGGGCAUGCAUGGAUUGUAAACGGCGCUUCAGGAAAACACAACGACAACAGAUGGCACCGUUGCCAGUUGAGAGGCUUACUCCGAACAAACCUCCGUUUACGUAUGUUGGUGUGGACUAUUUCGGGCCUAUGUAUGUAAGGGUCGGUCGUAGCCAACAGAAACGAUGCGGGUGCCUGUUUACCUGCUUGACGACACGAGCAGUACAUAUUGAAAUCGCACAUAGCUUAGGAACAGACUCGUUUGUAUGUGCAUUGCAACGUUUCAUGAGUAGAAGGGGAAAACCAGAAAAGAUUUUCAGCGAUAAUGGUACUAAUCUUACUUCCGGAGAAAGGGAAUUAAGAGCAGAAAUUGCCGAAUGGAACAAGAGUCGUAUCAUGAAUGAAUUGGUGCAGAAAGACAUAGAAUCGCAGUUCAUUCCUCCAUAUGCGAGUCAUAUGGGUGAAGUGUGGGAAAGACUGGUUCAGUCAGUAAAGAGAGCAUUAAAAUCGGAAGUCAAAGAGCAGCUUUUGAAUGACGAAGCACUAAAUACUCUCAUGACGGAGACAGAAAAGAUUGUAAAUGACAGACCGAUUACAAAGGUAAGUGAUGCUAGCAGAGAUCCAGAAGCACUAUCGCCGAACCAACUGUUGCUUUUGCGCCCAAAUACGUGUGUACCACUUGGUGUCUUUAGCAAGAAUGACAAUUAUUGUAAGCGUUGGUGGCGUCAAGCUCAGUAUCUUGCAGACGUAUUCUGGCGACGUUGGGUAAAAGAGUAUGUACCAAAUCUUCUUGAGAGGCAAAAAUGGCAUGAUGUUCAACGAAAUAUCGAGGUAAAUGAUCUUCUUCUUGUGUGUGAUGAGUCACUUCCACGUGGAUGUUGGCCUCUUGGACUGGUAAAAGAGGUAAGUAAGGGACGAGAUGGUUUGGUUCGCUCAUGUAGAGUACGUAUGAAUGGAUCAGUGAAGGUGAGACCUAUUACGAAGUUAUGUCUGCUAGAAAACAGUGCAUAA